AUGAAUCUACCAUUUUCGGUUAUUAGAAGUUGUUUUUUGCGCGAUAUUAAUAAAAAUUACAGUGAAAUAUAUUGUAGAUUGUUCACGCUUAACAGACCACAUCGUUAUGCGUUGUUUUUAAGAGGUUUUGGGCACACUUCAGUUCUUAACAAUGUGGAAUAUAAACUAUUACAUUAUUUUAUAAGUGAUAAUCGUUAUUUUUCAUCAAGCAAGGUGCCAAAGGGGUUUGGUAAGUUCACCAAAGGAGGCGUUACACCAGAUCCCAAAUCCACUGAGACGGAAGGAUCAUCUCAAGCUAAGAAUGAAUCAAAAGAUGAUGAAAACGGAAGAUCCAAGCCCGAAGGGGACUCUGGACCAAAUGAUAAUGAUCCGAAAUCAAAAUAUAAUCUUGUUCUUGAACCAUGGUCAUUAUUUAUAAUCGGCAUGACCUCCGUACUUCUGUUGGAGUUAAUGGACACAAGAAAUCUGCGAAAUGAAAUAACAAUGCAGGAAUUUAUUUCAAAAUAUUUUAUGAAGGGUUAUGUAACUCGCAUUCAGGUAGUAAAUAAAGAAUUUUGCCGUUGCUACAUAUCUCAGAUUCCUCCCUUAGUGCUACCAAAGUAUGUAACAUUCAGAAUAGGAUCUGUUGACUCAUUUGAACAGAAGAUAAAUGAUAUUCAGGCAUCUAUGGGUCUUCAUCCACAGGAUUACAUACCAAUUCGUUAUGUCAAUGAGACAAAUUUCCUUUCCGAGGUAAAGAAGUCGCUUCCAUAUCUGUUUUUUACGAUUCUUCUUGUUACUGGACUUCGUAAAAUAUCCAUUAAGGGUGCAGGUGGAAUGGAUCGAAUUUUUAAAAUCGGAAGAGCAACACCUAUGGAUGUCAAGGAUUUGAAAGUUAAGGUAAAAUUUAAGGAUGUGGCUGGAAUGCAUGAAGCAAAGAAAGAAAUUAGCGAAUUUGUUGAUUUUUUGCGUAAUCCUCAGAGAUAUGAAUCAUUUGGAGCUAAAAUACCUAAAGGUGUCCUACUAUGUGGUGACCCAGGUACAGGAAAAACCCUAUUGGCUAAAGCUGUAGCUGGAGAAGCUAAUGUACCAUUUUAUUCCAUGUCAGGAAGUGAUUUUAUUGAGGUAUUUGUUGGUGUAGGGCCCUCACGUGUACGUGACCUAUUUGAGAAAGCCAGAAAGAAUGCGCCAGCUAUAAUAUUUAUAGAUGAAAUUGAUGCGGUUGGUAAGAAAAGGUCAAAGGGUGGAUUUUCAGGAGGUGCUAAUGAUGAAAGAGAGAAUACACUAAAUCAACUUUUGGUUGAAAUGGACGGAUUCAAAACGACAACAGGUGUUAUCGUAUUAGCAGGUACUAAUCGUGCUGAUAUAUUGGACCCUGCCCUUACACGUCCCGGUAGAUUUGAUAGAACUGUAAAUAUUUCUAAACCUGACCUAGAUGAACGCUAUGAAAUCUUCAAAGUUCAUUUAAAACCUCUCAAGUUUAACCCGUCACUCGAUGUGGAUGAGGUCGCCAGAAGGUUAGCAUCAUUAACACCGAAUUUUGUUGGAGCUGAAAUAGCAAAUGUUUCAAAUGAAGCUGCCAUUCAGGCUGCUAGAAGAAGAUCGGAAAAUGGUGUCUGUAUGAUUGAUUUUGAUAAUGCAAUAGAAAGGGUAAUGGCUGGAAUGAAAAGACCACCAGGUUUAUUAACUCCACAGCAAAAAUUAGUUGUAGCAUAUCAUGAAGUGGGACAUGCCCUGGUUGGAUGGUGGUUAGAACACGCCGACCCCGUUUUGAAGGUUUCUAUCAUUCCUAGAUCUAGUGGAGCGCUUGGGUUCGCACAGCAACUACCAGAUGACUCAAUGUUAUUUAGUCGUGAGGCACUUUUAGACAAAAUAGCAGUCAUUCUUGGUGGAAGAGCUGCUGAGGAUAUCUUCAUUGGAAAAAUUACUACAGGUGCAACUGAUGAUCUGAAUAAAGUCACAAAAAUGUGCUAUGCUUUUGUUUCUAAAUGGGGAAUGAAUUCGAAGUUAGGAUUGGUAUCAUUUCAGCGUGAUUCCGGCGAAGAUCCUAAUUUUUAUCGCUCAUAUUCGGAGACAACAGCCCAAAUAAUUGAUAAAGAAGUAAGAUCUAUGAUUGAAAUGCAGUACAAGAGGGUAAAAGAUAUGUUGAGUGGAAAGGCGGAACUCGUUCACAAACUAUCACAACUUCUUUAUGAUAAGGAAACCAUAACAUACAAAGAUAUCGCAAAUUGUGUUGGAGAACGGGAAUUUCCAAUCAAAGAUAAGCACAAACCGUAUAUUGACGUUAGGCUCUUGGAGGAUGAACCUACAACACUACUAGGGGAACCUACCGGUAAUGUGGAUGCAAAUGAACCAGGCAUUGCAUAA